AUGACAGAUAAAGAAUAUCUGGACUAUCACAUGAAAGAUAAAGAAUAUCUAGACGAUCAUAUGACAGAUAAAGAAUAUCUAGACGAUCAGAUGAAAGAUAAAGAAUAUCUGGACGAUCACAUGAAAGAUAAAGAAUAUCUAGACGAUCACAUGACAGAUAAAGAAUAUCUAGACGAUCACAUGACAGAUAAAGAAUAUCUAGACGAUCAGAUGAAAGAUAAAGAAUAUCUAGACGAUCACAUGACAGAUAAAGAAUAUCUAGACUAUCACAUGAAAAAUAAAGAAUAUCUAGACGAUCACAUGACAGAUAAAGAAUAUCUAGACUAUCACAUGAAAGAUAAAGAAUAUCUAGACGAUCACAUGAAAGAUAAAGAAUAUCUGGACUAUCACAUGAAAGAUAACGAAUAUCUGGACUAUCACAUGAAAGAUAAAGAAUAUCUGAACGAUCACAUGACAGAUAAAGAAUAUCUAGAUGAUCACAUGACAGAUAAAGAAUAUCUAGACGAUCACAUGAAAGAUAAAGAAUAUCUAGACGAUCACAUUGAAGAUUAA